AUCGAUAAGAUCGAAGACAUCUGAGAAGCUAUUUUGGUUUCCCAAAGUGACCACGAGGAAGAGGAAGAAGAAGAGGAAGAGAUCGAAUCGAAGCACCAUGGCGGCUUUCGCGAGCUCCUCCCUCCUCGCCCCCACCGAUCUCCGCCUCCCUUCCCUCUCUGGUCGGUUCUUGGAUUCCACGGAGAAAUCGUUUGUUGUUUGUAGGCGCGGGAGUUUGGCUGUGAGGCCGAUUCGAUCGAGGAGAUGUCAGAGCCAAGUUGUUGUUCGAGCUGCUGUUGGUGGGGAUUCAGGGCGAUCAGGAAGCGCUAGUAUCUUCGUUAGUGGCUUUGUGUUAGGAGGAUUAAUAGUUGGGGCACUUGGUUGCAUAUAUGCUCCUCAGAUUAGCAAGGCACUUGCUGGAGCUGAUAGAAAAGAUUUGAUGAGGAAGUUGCCAAAAUUUAUCUAUGAUGAGGAAAAGGCGCUUGAGAGAACAAGGAAGAUCCUUGCAGAAAAAAUAGAGCAAUUGAAUUCGGCCAUUGAUGAUGUUUCGGCCCAGCUUCGAGCAGAUGAAGCUCCAAAUGGAACAGCUGUGGCAGCUGAUGAAAUUGAAGCUGCAACAUGAGUAUGAUAAAAGCAUGAAUUUUCAAUCGUGCCAUAGUUUGGGAUGUUGUUACGGCUCUGUUUUCUUUUGUAUGCGCUGAAUAAAUGUCAGAUGUAUAGGAAUCUUGUUGAUGCUAGUCUUUUUGAUGGAACAUGCUUAUCAUGACACCUUGGAUAUCAGGCAUUAAAAGUUUAAUCCUCUUGAUAUAAAUUGUCGUCUAACUUUUUGAUUCA